UGAAAAUAAAAAAAUAUUAGUACAGAAAAAAAAAAUUAAAAUUACAGCAAAAACUCCAAAACUGAGAAAAAGUGUAAGGAAAUAAGUGGGCGAGGAAGUCGCAUUUGUAAAUAAUACACAACAACAAACAAAAAUUGGCAAUUGGUGCCAAAAUAUAUAAAUUAUAUUCAGAAAACCUAAGAACAUAAUUGAUACGGGAAGUUAAAAAUCAAAAAUAUAUAACGCAUUAAUCAUAACUGUAAAUAAGAGCAAGAAAAUGCAACCAAAAUUAUUUCACAUAAUUGUUAUUGUACUUCUGACUUUAUUCGUGCUAAUGCCAACAAGCCAAUGUGGACCGUUGCCAAAAGUGGAUGAGCAACAACUUUCGAAAAUACCACAGUGGCAUUGUUUGCGCUACUUUAAACACGAUUUAUUGAUGAUGCGCCGCUGCCGGCAUUUGCAUGUGCCAACGGCUCCACGCUCCGGUAAUGUCAAAUGAGUACCAAUGUACGGGAGACCCUGGCCUCCAACAACAACACAAAGGAAUGGCGGCCUCGUUGCGGACUGGUUAGCUGAGUGACUUAAAUGAGGCAUACACAAAUUAUAUUUGGAGGGUACGAUGAUUUGUAUGCCAUUGCGACGGAGUCAUGUCACAUAACACAAUGCCAAAAAAAAAAAAAAAAAAAAAAAAAAAAAAAAAAAAAAAAAAAAAAAAAAAAAAAAAAAAAAAAAAAAAAAAAAAAAAAAAAAAAAACCAACAACAACACCAGCAAUAACAGUUGUAAACAAAUAUAUAACACGUAUGGUGUAUUGAUCAAGGAUUUACAUUGUUCGGCACAAAUUUGUAUGCUCAAAUGGCACAAAAACUGGCACCCACUGACUGAUUUUCAACCAAAAGUACAUAUAAACAUACAAGCAUAUGUAUAUAGUGUAAGCGUGACUGAUGAAAUAAUCAAAAACACGGAAAUGCCGGCAAACAUUUGCUGUUUAUUUGUUGUUGCUUAAGACUCAUUUUAAUAUUCAUUCAUUCAUGCUUACAUAAGUACAUUGGUAUAUAACGGUAUGUACAUACAUAAACUUAGACUUACUCGAGAUAAUAGCAUGCACAUAAGGAACUGAUUUCAUGAGCCGCAAUUGAACUCAAUCGGAAGCAAAACAGUUCGGAGAUUUCCUGCAACUCAAUGAGAUUUUUUUAGAGCCAUAAUUCUUUGUAUACAUGUGUGUGUAUAUUCCCUUGAGUUGCAGCGUCAUUGAAUAAAAAAUAUACUUCCUUAUAGGCAUCGCUUUAUGCAUAGUAAUUCAAAAUACAUAACAAAUAUUACAAUAAAAAAAAAAAAAAAAAAGAAUCCAAUAACUUU